AUGGCGGAGGUGCGUGCGGCUUCCACCGCUUCCGGUUCCGGUCUGGUAUCACCGUCCUUGUCACCCCCGGCUCAGCCACACAGCGGACCGGGUCCUGGAUCUGUUCCUCCGCUUCCCCCGGCCCCGCCGCCUCCUGGGUCCGGUCCGGUACCGCCCAAGGAAGGCUCCAGCAGCUCCUCAGGCUCCGCAUCCGGUUCAGCUCGAGAAGGCUGGCUUUUCAAGUGGACCAACUACAUUAAGGGUUACCAGCGGAGGUGGUUUGUUCUCAGCAAUGGCCUCCUGUCAUAUUACCGAUCGAAGGCAGAGAUGCGGCACACUUGUCGUGGCACGAUCAACCUGGCCACGGCUAACAUCUCGGUGGAGGAUUCAUGUAACUUUGUGAUUUCCAAUGGGGGAGCCCAGACAUAUCACCUGAAAGCAAGCUCAGAAGUGGAGCGCCAACGGUGGAUUACAGCCCUAGAGCUAGCCAAGGCCCGGGCUGUCAAAAUGCAGGCAGAAUCGGAUGACUCUGGAGAUGACGAUCCCACCUCACAGACUGAUAAAGCAGAGGUUCACAACACCCUACGUGCUCUCUCAGGAAAAGUUGAGGAUCUGGGCACAUGCAAUGAUCUUAUCGCAAAACAUGGAACUGCCCUGCAACGCUCUCUGAGUGAGUUGGAGAGUCUACGCCUCCCUCAAGACAGCUCUGAAAAGAUCAAGCAGGUCAACGAAAGGGCAACACUCUUCAGGAUCACUUCCAAUGCUAUGAUGAAUGCAUGUCGAGAUUUCAUGUCUCUUGCAGAGAGUCACAGUAAGCGCUGGCAGAGAGCUUUGCAAUAUGAGCGAGAUCAGAGAUUACGUUUGGAAGAGACACUGGAACAGUUGGCAAAGCAGCACAACUACUUGGAGCGGGCUUUCCGUGGUGCCACUGUGCUGCCCGCAGAGACUCCUGCUGGGGUACCUAAAGACUCUUGCGGGGCAGGGAAAGGAGACCUCAGUGAUGAAGAUGAUGAAAAUGAAUUUUUUGACGCUCCUGAAAUCAUUUGCAGUCCUUCCCAGGAUGGCUUGAGGCACAAACGAUCUGGUAGCAAUAUCAGUGCCGCAAGCUGUGAUAUUAUGGAGGAGCAGGUGCGCACAUCAUCAGAGGACACAAGAAAGGAGAGACGCACAAGAAUUCCAUAUAAACCCAACUACAGCCUUAACUUAUGGAGCGUUAUGAAGAAUUGCAUUGGAAAAGAGCUGAGCAAGAUCCCAAUGCCUGUGAAUUUCAACGAACCACUCUCAAUGCUCCAGCGUCUGACCGAGGACAUGGAAUACUACACCCUGCUGGACCGGGGAGCUCAGUCUGAGAGUUCACUUGAGCAGCUGUGUUUAGUCGCUGCUUUCACUGUUUCUUCAUAUUCCACCACAGUCUUUCGUGUCAGCAAACCUUUCAAUCCACUCCUAGGAGAGACAUUUGAGCUGGAUCGAAUGGAAGAUUGUGGCUAUCGAUCGCUAUGUGAGCAGGUCAGUCAUCACCCACCUGCAGCAGCCCAUCAUGCUGAAUCUCGUAAUGGAUGGACCCUGCGGCAAGAGAUUAAGAUCACUAGCAAGUUCAGGGGGAAAUAUCUCUCCAUCAUGCCCCUUGGUACCAUACACUGUAUUUUUCACAACUCUGGGAACCAUUAUACAUGGAAGAAAGUGACCACAACUGUGCACAACAUCAUUGUGGGAAAAUUGUGGAUUGAUCAGUCUGGAGAAAUAGAAAUUUUCAAUCACAAGACUGGAGACAAGUGCAAACUUAAGUUUGCCCCUUACAGCUACUUCUCACGUGAUGUGGCCCGCAAGGUGACUGGAGAAGUGAUGGAUUCAAGUGGGCGUGUUUUUUACACAUUAAUGGGAACAUGGGACGAGCGGAUGGAGUGUUCGCCAGUGUCUCCUCCUGGUAGUGGCUUUGAGAAUGGUGCUGAUAAGGCCCCAGAAAAUAAAAUUCUGCUAUGGAGAAGAAACCCCUUGCCGAAGAAUGCAGAGUACAUGUAUUACUUCUCUGAACUGGCAUUGACCCUGAAUGCCCCAGAGGAUGGCAUUGCUCCUACCGAUAGUCGUUUGCGCCCUGAUCAGAGGCUGAUGGAGAAUGGCAAUUGGGAUGAAGCCAACGUUGAAAAGCAAAGACUUGAAGAAAAGCAAAGGAUUGCAAGGCGAAGGAGAGAAGCAGAGCGAGAGAAAGUUGGGGAUGAUGAUUCCCCAGUGGAUUCAUACAAACCUUUGUGGUUUGACCGCAAAAUGGAUCCCAUAAGCAAAGAAAUUACAUACAUUUACCGUGGCACUUACUGGGAUACUAAGGAGAAGCAAGAUUGGAGCGCCUGCCCAGAUGUCUUCUGAGGAACAAGGGGAUGUUGCAGUACCUUGAUCCCCUCCCAUUUUCUUCCACCCCAUACUCUGUCCUUGUUUUUACCUUCGGCGAUGCCUUACUGACCCUAGUACUGGCCCCUCUGAAUAGGGCAAUGCUCUGCAGAUCAUCUCAGUGAAUUAAGGUCGUACUUUCUUAUAAUCUCCUCCCCUUUUCCUCUAAUCAUCAGCAAUUCAGAUAUGGAUCUGAAACUUUUAAAGUAGCGCUUAUACCACUGGCGAUAAAGCACUUAAAGGGCAUAUGUCUUCAGAUUUGUACCUAUGAAACUGGCUGUUUCUGUUGCAUGUGCGCUUGGCCCCAUGUUCAUAUGUGCCUGCAUUGCUUAAAAGAUGUUUAAAUAUAUGUAAAUAAGCCUCUAUGGGCAUCAGGGGUGUUGCCAUUACACAUAGAGGCUCUGCUCUCUCUGCAAUUGCUGUUCUCUCUCCACUUUAAUUGAAAGGGCCAGGCAGUGAAAAACGUCAUCACGCCUGGCCCUGUCAAUCAAAGCGGAGAGAGAACAGCAGUUGCAGAGAGAGCAGAGCCUCUGGGUGUAACAGCAAUGUCCCAGCUGUGCCUAGGGUCUAAUUUGCAUAUAGGAAAACAUUUCUUAGCAAUGUGGACAGAUAUGAACAUGGGGCCAACACAGAUGUCAAUAGUUGCCAAGCGCACAAGGAAAAGGUCAGCCAGUUUCAGAGGUAAAAAUCUGCUGACAGAUGCAAGCACAGAUUCAGCCUUUAAGCAUUACAGGCGUGACAUAACCAUGACAAAAUAUAGUGGCCCUCAAUCAGGUGACAGAAUUAUUUUGUUUUACUAGUUUUGUUCUUGGGAGUUUCUCUGUCUGGUCUGCAGAGCAUUGCUUUGAUAAAAUACUUUUCUCCAGAUCUCUGAACCAUCUCACAGCCCCCACCUUAAGCACUAGGGUGGGUGGGGGUAGUUGUCUGCCUUAUGUCUGAGAGAAUCUCUGAUUUUUGGAUAUGUUUUUUUUUUUUUUUUGUCUUUUUUUUGAGGGGAUGGAGAUGAAGAUAUGGGAGGGAGUGUACAAUUUCUUAAACCUCUGGUAUUGAUUUUGGGUUUACAAUUGAGGGUUUGCUCUGUUCUGCCCUAUAUAUAAUAUGUAUGUAUAUUUUUCAUUUUUCUCCCAUCACUACCUCUCGCUGUGUGUCUCACCUUUUUCUCUUUCUCUGAUUCUGUGCAAAUACUAAUUUAAAUAAAGAUCAGAUUAGACUUC